AUGCCCCCUCAAGACGUACAAAUCAGCAUUGCGGAAGUCAUUGAGGUGAGUCCAUUUUUUUUUAAACUUCCCUCGAAGCCACAAGGUUUUCCAGGUACGCGGCUACGGUCUCAAUGCUCCGGAGCUUCUUUCGGUAGCCGUUUCGGCCUCUGACAGGCUCCCUCCGUGUCCGAAAGGGACUGUUUUUGAUAUGGAAAACGUGUACCUCAACAGCAAUGGACAGAUUGAAGUGAGUCAUUUCCUUGCUAUGUCAUCUUUUUUACAAAAGCAUUUUAGAUUAAAACAGUAGCCAGUGCGCGAGUGGACCGAGCAUUCGUGCCUCCCGAAUGGGCAAAAGGGGAAGAAGAUCCGCAGGCAGCUGCCGUUUACUGUCUCGGAGCUGUUCUGAGGGCAGCUGGAGCCGAAGAGGCAGCAGAUGUGGAUCUCUUCUCUCUCGUAAACAUUCUGACAGUUGCAAUGACUGGAACAAGACCGACCGCACACAGAAUGGGGCAAAUGGCCAGGUAUUCUUACGAUCAACUCUCUCGUUGACAAGUUUAUUCUUUAUAGAAAUCAAUUGCGAGGACGUGAUCCUGCCUCGAUGCUCAUGUGCAUCUACGAAGAACUUAUGGGCGAUGAGGAAACGAAUCAGGUUAAUCAAAGCGUUAGCCGACUUUCAAUAUAAUGAUUUUUACAGCUGGAUGUUGGUGAUCUGGAUGAUCUUGAAGAUGAAUUGAUGUCUACGGACGGAACAGACCGACGAGAUUCUGAGAUGGAAAGGUUCAGCGGACAAGUUGUCAUAAGUGGGAACAACAAUGUGAAGAGGGCAGUCGAAUUCUUUGAAGAUGACAAUAGAGGUAAGCAUUUUUUUUUAAAUAAACGAGGUUUUUAAGUUUUGAAUACCUUAAGAAGAUGCCAUGACAUCGACAUCUUCUGGCAACAGCACUCAAAAAGAGUCUUCUCCGUUCGGUGACUUCGACGACAGUCCUCCUCGCACUAUUCCAACAGUCGAGAUCCACCGCGAUGAAACCUCUUCUCCUGUCACGUUCCUCGAAAACACAACUCUCGGAGGAAUUGGAUCUCCAUUGUCCCAAAGCACGAGACUCGACGAAACGUUUAUUGAAGAGCACUCAAUUGAUUUAGAUGCAUUUGAGAAGUAAGAUCAUCAUUCGCUUAACCUGAAACUGUUUGUUCACUCAUUACCAGUUCCAGGAACGCUUCGCCGUCUGGCCCGAAAUCUCCGUUCGACGACAAUUUCACUGACAAACCGGUCACGGUGGUUCCCGAAAUACAAGUUCAGAAGGAGUCCCGACCGCACUCUAAUCCAUUCGAUGAGGAGGAAGAGGAAGAAUCACAGUUCGGAGGAGGGACUCUGUCUGGAAGAGAUCCGUUUGAUGAAGACGUAAGUUAAUUGUGAUAUCAAAUGUCAAGGAAGUCUCUAUGAUUCAGUCAGGAAGCUCCAAUCGCGAUCAUGCUGCGAGAGGGAAGAAGUUUCACAAGAAAGAACAGUUGGUGCAUAGGCUGUCUUCGUCGUCAGAAGAGAUUGUGGAAGCGUCGAUUCACGAGGAUGAACCAAUUGUGAUGGCUCAGAUACCUGAAGAAGAGAAACCGAAGCUUAUGCCGAAGCCCAUUCCGGUGUUCGACAAGGCUUACGACGCAGACUUCGACAACUCGCCGCCUCUCCAUCACUACUCGGUCACUCCAAUCGACAGCGGUCUGUCUCCUCUGGAAGAAGCUCAAAGAGCUCUUCGAGCCAACAAAGCAAGACAUAAGCCUUCGAAUGUGUCAAUGGCAGAAGAAGCCAAGCAUGCCGCGAGACAACGAUAUUCGAAUGUGCCGGAAUUCAAUGAGGCGAAGAAAAUGCAAACAGACGAGGACGGAGAAGACGAGACUGAUGAGGUGCCGGCCUCCCUACCGAUUAUUCCUGUUCUCCGAAAAGAGCAUGAAGAAGAGCCGAGAUCCGUUCGACCUCCAAGAUAUCGAAAGUCGAGGGAAAUUGAAGAGCCAGUGAUCGUCGAGCAGCCUCCAAGGUCCGAGGAAGAGGAGAAGGAAGACAUUGACGCCUUAUUCGAAAAAUAUAGAAAGGUAUCGCGGGGAAGAACAACAAUUUGGUCAGAGGAAACGCCCUUGAAGCGUAUAUAUCCCCUUGCCUCACACUUCUUUCAGAGUGUUUGCUCUUUCACUCCCGCACGGCGUCUUUUAAUCCGUGUCGAGCUUUCGCACUAUUCUUCCUGAUCGCUUUACAACUUCGCUCUUUUCAGACUUCCGGCUCAAUCGACUCGAAGGAUCCGACUCCCAUUCUGAAGGCAGACGAAUACAAAGAACCUCUGAAACAAGGUAAGCCAUUCAGAAGCAAAACGUGUGAAUGAUUUCAAAACGCUAACUUGUAAAACACUGAAAUACACAGAUCGGCGUUUUAUAUACGUAGCUUCUCUGUCAGUUUUUGCGCGGCCCGCAAAACGCCUACGCCCAUGAAUCUAGCCCUCACCGAGGGUUAUGCAUAUAUCGGUGCGUCGAUUGAUUACGCCAUCGAAAAAGACGGCGCGGGGGAGGACAUUUCGAAUGCAUUGCGACUUCUCGCGGAUGUGAAAUUUGAAACCGCUCGGUUCGUGGCAGAUUUCGGAGAUGCACGACGACUCUUUUAAUUCGAUUUGGAGCACGCGCCAACACCCUCAAACUUGCCGCUUCCUCCUAUCUUCUCUCCGUUUUCUUUCCUGAAAUAUUUCACGCGUUUGCAGUUCCCGCACCCGUUGUGGCCGCUCCGGUUGUAGCCCAAGAGUCGCCGAUAUUGAAGAGAAGGAACUCAUUACUCCCGUCACGGAUCAGUGGAAGACAGUCGACGAGGCGAAGUGUGACGAGUGUGAGGAGCAUGCGCGGCAAGAGAAAGGUUUGUUACUCUUACACUUUGUUAAAAACGAAACAAAACUUUUUCUCUCAUAAAUGAGUUGCCUGCAGACGCGCGCUAUUCCCGAGUUCUUCGAUCUGACCCGUCAUCAGAACAUCCGUCUUCGAGCUCCAGUUUCCAAAAAGGUAACGUCAUCUGUGUAGACAUUGUGCUCAUCUCCUUGAAGCAUCUUCAGAAGCGGCUCAGUUUGCAUCGAGUUGAGGACACUGAAGUGGUUGUUGAGCUUCUGAAUGGACAGAAAGUGGAAGUUGCUUGUCGUUCUGACGUCAUCUCCCGCGAUGUCUUUUCUCUUAUCGUGCAGAACAUGAACAUCAACGAGCACGUCUUCUUCGGACUGUCUUUCCUUCGUGAUGGUGAACAUUACUUUAUCGAAGAUCAUCAGAGACUCGAAAAGUUUGCACCUUCCGGAUGGAAAAGUGUGGCUCGAGUUGGUGUGAAAGUACCUUAUGUACUGCACCUCCGUUUCAAGUUCUAUCCUCAAAUCCUUGAUUUCAUCAAGUAAGUCACAUUCUUUGCACAUCCAUUUUUUAUUUUGAAACUCAGAACUGAAGUGACAAUGAACGAAUUGUACUUGCAAUGCCGUCGAGAUGUGCUCGAGGAACGCAUCCAACCGAAAAGAGACGCUGCUUUCGAACUGGCUGCUCUUGCUCUUCAAGCUGAAUUCGGAAAUCGCCCGCCUCCAGUCAUCACGGAUUACUUCGACACGCAGCACUACCUGCCGAAGAAGUACUGCUCAUUCGAAGAUCAGACAAGACUCAAGAACAUUCUGGCUGAACUUCACGGACAUUACGCAGGAACCCGAAUCUCGGAAGCCAAGCACAAGUACAUUCAGAUCUGCCAGAGACACGCGGACUUCGGCGCGCACAUCCACCGGGUCUUCCGUAGCAAACCGAACUCGUCUCAUGGCGCUUCUCCGUUCGAUCCGGACACUGGAUCCUCACUUUGGAUAGGAAUCAUGCCACGUGGCUUAUCCAUUUACGAGCAACAGGUGAACACUCUCCCGAUUUCUCUAUGCUUUUCACUGCACUCUUUCUGUUUAUCACAAAAGUGGUUAAUCGGGAUUUCAGAACCAUCACAUUCCAAAUAAGUAUAUGAGCAUUGCGAGACAGGUAAACGCGGAGACUUCCCUCUGUUUGCGAGACACCUUUGUUGUGAAUGUCAUUUCAGAGUAAACUCUGCUUUUUCAUUAUUCUCCUAAUGACUUUCACCUGUUGACUACUAAAUUUGAACAUGCGCUUGUUACAGGGUGGAGCUCGUGAGGUCAUUGCUGAGCAUGUUUGGCCGCAAACGCAAACUCUUCAAUUCGAUAAGAAACGGUUCGUGAUCGUGGCUGUUGGAUCACAUGAAGAACAGAUCGAGAGCACCUUCUACACUGAUCAUCACUCAAAGUUUGUUUUCUCUCCCUCACUUGAGUUUUUAUAAUUCGAUUCAGAUCCUCCUAUUUCGUCCGCUUUGCUGCUUCUCAGCACCGUUGGAUGAUGAAAAUGCGGCAGUGGAAGAGCACUCUUCGUCACGAGAAUACCAUUUCUGCGAUGCCAGAUGUUAUCGUCGAAGGACAACAGAUUCCGCCAGCUCCGAUCAGACGUACGUUUAUUCUAAUCUCGUUGUUGUGGCUACGUUGUCGUCUGUGUACAGAAUCCUUGGAAGAUUCACCUCGGGCCACUCCACUUCUCGAUUCGGCCGAUCAACUCUUCACCAAAAUGUCAUCCCAACCGGAGAAACCUUCGAGUCGACCUGCUGAGCUGCCGCCGCCUGCUCCGUCCAAACUUGCAGCUCAGUAUGAUACUGUUGAUGAGGGAAUUGUCUGUGGUUCGUGAUUUUUGACGUUAUUACACACUUUUCAAUCACUCGAUCGAUCUCUCACAGCUCGUUUUGCAGAUUCCCAAGCCGAGAACUUUGAACGAGUCAGUCCGAACGUGAAUGGAAAUGAUACACCACGUGGAAUGCAGUUCGAAGUGGCACUCAUCAAAGACCCAAGUAAUGGACUAGGUCUCACUCUCGUCGAUGGAAACCUGAACGGAGUACCGGGAGUUUACGUCAAGUUCGUAGCUGA